AUGCUCAGGGCGCAUGCUGGGAUCUAUUUAAGUGCAUGCGGCCAAUCACUGCAACCUCACCUUCCCAUCAGUCGUAUCGGCUCCCCGAUCCACUGGUAUCAGGAAGAAAGGAAAACUGCUUUAAUUGCAAGAGAGCUGUCCCGGUACAACAUUGAUAUAGCUGCAAUUAGUGAAACCCAUCUUAACGAAAGUGGAGAGCUGCGCGAAGAACUGGGUGGAUAUACCUACUACUGGAUCGGAAAACCAUCUGGGGAGAAGGCAGUAAGUGGAGUAGGAUUUGCUAUCCGGAACCAGAUUGCGAAGUCUCUAGUGGAAGUACCUAAGGGAAUUAAUCACCGCGUGAUGACACUUCGUCUUCAAAUCUCAUCUUCGAAGCACAUGCAUCUUGUUAGCGCUUACGCUCCCACUCUCAAGGCCUCAGAUGAAGAUAAGAUUAAAUUCUACCAAGAUCUACGCCACGUUCUAGAAAGAGUUCCACCACAGGACAAAAUCAUGCUGCUAGGUGAUUUUAAUGCUCGUGUCGGCACGGACUAUGAUGCAUGGGAGGGGGUCCUCGGACGGCAUGGGGUUGGGAAUUGCAACACCAAUGGGCUUGAUCUCCUGACUCUGUGUAUGGAGUUUGGCCUCUGUCUCACCAAUACAUUUUUCCGGAUGCAAGACAAAUAUAAGACAACGUGGAUGCACCCUAGAUCAAAGCACUGGCACCUCAUAGAUUAUGUCAUUGUUCGUAAAAAGGACCUUAAAGAUGUUCUGAUCACAAGAGCAAUGAGAGGCGCACAGGGCUGGACAGAUCAUCGCCUAAUUAGGUCAAAACUUAAACUGUCAUACAAACCACCUCGAAGAGCAGCUCACAAAACACCAGCAAGACUAGCAUUUACAAGACUCGUUCACAGCAAAGAACUUCAACAAGCGCUUGAUACUGAUUUCGGUGCCAAGGUGGUCGAUAUAAACUGCUCGUCUGUAAAUGAUGGUUGGUCUUCGCUAGCAUCGAACCUUCAUGGUAGUGCUACAAGAGUCAUCGGUAAACCUGAACGGAAACACCAAGAUUGGUUCGACAACUCCGACACAGAAAUCCGAAAACUCGUGGAAGAUUAUAGAAAAUCUCUCAAUAACCGAUCAAAUAAUAACGAUCGUCAAGCGGUUCACCGCCAGCUCAAGGCAAAAGUGCGUCAGCUGAAAGAUAAAUGGUGGACAGAUAAAGCCAACGAACUGCAGCAUUUUGCUGAUACAAACCAAACAGGUAAAUUCUUCGAAGGCCUACAGACUGUCUUCGGUCCUAGAUCAAAAAGGACAGCACCGAUAUUCUCGCAGGAUAAGAGUUGCCGACUGACCGAACAAAAAGAUAUCCUAGCCCGCUGGGCGGAACACUUCAAUGAGGUCUUGAACCCUAUUGCGCAGACUACUGACAUGUCUUAUAUAGAUGCCCUCGAAUGUCUACCAACGAGUGAAAAUCUUGCUCAUCCACCAACCUUUCAAGAGUUCCAUCUGGCAACCAAACGUCUCAAAAACGCCAAAGCACCUGGAAAUGACAGUCUACCUUCAGAAGUGUUUAAAUAUGGUGGCCCAAAUAUUAAAAACAAAUUGUUUGAGCUCAUAAAGAAAAUCUGGCAGUCUGAAGUAGUGCCACAGGACUGGAAAGAUGCCUCCAUCUGUAAACUUUAUAAAGGCAAGGGCGAAAUAUCUGACUGUGGCUCUUACAGAGGCAUCUCCCUUCUCUGUACUGCUGGAAAGAACAGCAGCAGCAGAACAUCUUCCACCAUGUCGAUGACCUCACAGACUAUCAGCAGACCUUCCAGCAGCUACAAGAUGAAGUCCAGCAGUACCAUCACCCCCACAGCAUCCUUCAGCAGCCACCCGAGUCAACCAGCUUGCAGAUUCCAUGGGCACCGUGACCACCAGCUUGCAGCGGAAAUGCGCGAGCCUGGUCACACCCUCGAGCAGACAGACUGCAGCGACCUUGCAGUGCACUUCGGCCAGCCGUAG